AUGUAACUAGUUGACACACUUUAACUUAGUUUGUGUCACUCCAGCUGGACAGGAGACCGAGUCGGACACCGACAACUUUGCAAACUAAAUGAUAAACCUGCUUAUUUGCAGAAGGAGUCCCGUCUGAGGAUCGUCUCGAUGUCCGUCUCAGUGGCCUCAGUGUCCCGUCUGCUCCGAUGCGGUCUGUCCUCGGUGGGCCGGAGCACCAGUGGGGGGGUCCGCUGGAGCAGCACUCGUCUGGACGUGGAUGGAAGCGGACGUCCAGCCACGUGGGACUCCUUCGGGAUCUGGGAUAACCGGAUAGAGGAGCCCAUCCUGCUGCCUCCCAGCAUCCGCUAUGGGACCCCCAUCCCACAAAUCAGCCUGUCCAAGGUGGGCUGCGCCUCCCACAUCGGCCGCCGGCGCGACAACGAGGACCGCUUCCAGGCCAGCAGACUCACGCAUGACGUCCUCUUCUUCGCUCUGUUCGACGGACACGGAGGACCACAGGCCGCGGACUUCUGUCACAAACACAUGGAGCAGCACAUCCGGGAUUGUUUGGAGGUGGAAACAGAUUUACAAGCAGUUGUGUCUAAAGCGUUCCUGCAAGUGGAUGCGGCUUUGUCAGCGGAGCUGCAGAUGUACGGCAACGCCUCCCUCAUGAUGGUGGGCACGACGGCGACGGUGGCGCUGUUACGAGACGGGAUCGAGCUGGUCGUCGGCAGCGUGGGAGACAGUCGAGCUCUGCUGUGCAGGAAGGGAAAAGUGCGCAAACUCACCGACGACCACACGCCAGAUAGGAAAGAUGAGAAACACAGGAUUCGUCAGAGUGGUGGGUUUGUGACCUGGAAUAGUGUCGGUCAGGCAAACGUUAACGGCCGGUUGGCAAUGACCCGCAGCAUCGGAGACUUCGACCUGAAGAAGAGCGGUGUGAUCGCAGAACCAGAGACCACUCGAACUUUAUUGCAUCACGCUCACGACUCUUUCCUGGUUCUCACCACCGACGGCAUCAACUUCAUCAUGACCAACGAGGAGAUCUGUGAUGUCAUCAACCAGUGCCACGACCCCACCGAGGCGGCAAACGUCAUCGCUGAGCAGGCUCUGCAGUACGGCUCGGAGGACAACAGCACAGUCAUUGUCGUCCCAUUUGGAGCCUGGGGAAAACAUCAGAACGGCGAAUAUACGUACAACAUGAGCCGAAACUUUGCCUCCAUCGGCCGCUGGUCCUAACGGUGGUCAAAAGAUCAUCUCAACAAGAGAAAAACACUCCCAAUAACAACCUGUUCUCAUAGUAAACAAAAGUCCAACUGUAUGAACUCCAGUCUGAAGAUCAUGAAAACAACUGUUCUUUUGCAACUUUCCAUCCUAAGCGAGAGUAAAACUGGUGGAUUAUUAUUUAUUGUUAGGGAACACUCAUUGUGUUAAAUAAUUACGUCUUUCUUUCUCGAAACAUAAGAUGAUUGAAUUCUGUGUAUGUAAUUGUGUCAACACUGAUAGAGGCCCAUCAAACAAAAGUUAAAUAAUAAAUCUAGAACAAAUGAGUCUUUAUAACUUUAUUUAUUGGCUAAAACUGUUUAUACAGAGUUCUGGCAUGAAACUCUAGAUGGCGCCUUCCAAUACAGUACUUAUAACUCAAUCUGUCCUAAUGACAUCAUUAUCACAUGGCACAGCUGAUUGGUUCCCUCCUGUAUCGGUAACCAAUGAGCUCGCUGCUCAGCAUUUAAAUAUAUGACUAGGGUUUACCGUAGCAGUUGCAGCUUGCUUCAGAAGCCCUCCACCUCCCCCAGCUCCACCUGUAUAGGCCUGCUGUGAGGUGAUUCGUGUAUGCUAUAUGUGGAUUAUUUCAUGUAUGUUAUAUUUGGAUCAGCAAUGUUUCUUACUUGCUCACAGCAGCAUGUUAUGGAUGUAUUGGCAACAGCAGCAGCAGCGAAGCAGAUCUAUUCUGCCAAGACCAAAUACAUUAACAUUGUAAUGUCCAUACCAUGCCAAUCCCUCCGAUAGUUAUUAUUAUGCUAUUACUGAAUAUAAAAGUAACUUGUGGAAUAUACCAACCCAUAUGUGCACACGCAUUCAAUAAAUAGUUAAUAUUUCAUGAUAGUAAUAAUAAUAAUGAUUAUAACUAUGUUAAAUAGUAAUUGUUUAUUUUUUUAAUGAUGUUGUAUUUUCUGUUUUAAACAAUUGACUGGUUUUAUCUGACUAAUUGUUCAUUUGCAUGACAACAAUGUUCUAAAAAUGUAAAAGCUGCAUUUGCAUUUUUGAAAAUUUCAUUUCAUCCUUAUUUACACGGACUAAAAACGCUGUAUUAUUCAUGCCGGGCCAGUAGAUGGCGAUGUAGUUUAGUAAAAUACACGCAUUGUGUGCACACCGUUUUUUUGUUGUUGCAAGUUUGCAUUUUGUGAUUUAUUUGCACUUUAUCAAGGUGUAUCACAUUUAUCGUUGCUCAGCAAAAUUUUGCGGGUGAAAUUGAGUCAUUCCAAUAGGAAUCCGCACAAUCGAGUGUUUUGCAUGAACAUGUCAAGAUUUCUCUCAUGUUCAAGUUUUUUACACUGAUUCUACUUGACACAACACCCUUUUCAACAAUGAAAUACAGAAAACUUUCUGGUGUUUUGGUCGUUUAUUUGCACGACGAUGCCAUUUUGGGGACCUGAAAACGCAAACUUUUUAAAACAUGUUUCAAAGUGUGCAUUUUUGACAAUUAUACCGUUAUUGUCUCCAUGUAAACUUUAAAAAUGCUAAUUUGUAAAACCGGUGACAUCAUGCACAUGCAUAUUACGUAUUCAGUCUAAAGGCAUGCCUGAUUACAUAUCGAAGAAUGUUUAUGUUUCAUUGCAAAGUGACAUCGCCAUCUACAGGCCUGGCAUAAUACAGUGUUUUUAGUCAUUUAUGUGGAUCCGCGUGAACUGGGAUCACUUUGACGACAUUGGUGUCUGUAUGCAAAGUUUUAAGUUUUAAGUUUACAGACGUCCUGUAAAUGUACCCUAAAAGUGUAAAAUGUUAGUUAUCUGAGCACAAUGGACAUUUUUAGUGCCUUACUACUUUGUAACGUGAUUUUAUUGACAAAUCAAGUCAAGUGGGUAAUACUACUAAAGACAUUUGGUUAAGCUGAUCCCAAAGUUUUGCAUUGGUGUACAGUACUGUUUUAGAGAGAUUGGCUUGUGUACUCUCUCAGUGUAGUAUAAAUAUCUUCUACACUGCUGAUGGUAUCACAUGUCAGUUAUGAAAUACGAUUGUAGAGAACUUCCUGUGAAAUAAAAACUGCUAUGAAACAUGGUGA